CACGGCCACCAGCGAAACAACCAACAACAGAAGACACCAGUCCAUCAAACAUUUCAUCGCCGUGCUCAUUGACGACGACUUCAGCCUCCGUCGUUUUCAUCGUCAGUUUACCUCAUCUGUACUACCUUACCUCACCCAGAAACCCACAAGACACUCCCCCCCGGAGUGACACGUUCAUUCUAGACUUCCACUCCCUGUCUCCGUCGACUUGAUGGCUGCACUCGCUCCCAAUAGUUGAGAUUGCCUUGUGUUGUACACCACCACCAGCAACGUUUGCCCACCAUGGCCAGCUGGGAGGUUGGCACCCGGGCCUGGUUCCCCAACCAGGCCGAGGGUUUCGUUCCUGGUGAAUUGGCCGAGAAGAAGUCAUUGGGAGAUGGGAAAAUCGCACUCAUCUUCAGCCUGUCCGAUGACUCCAAGCAGACGCUCGAAACCACCGAAGAGGCCCUGUCGGAUACCACACAUGCCUCCCUUCCACCUCUUAUGAACCCUCCCAUGUUCGAAGCGGCCGAAGACUUGACGAACCUUUCGCACCUGAACGAGCCGGCCAUCUUACAGGCCAUCAAACUGCGAUAUGCGCAGAAAGAAAUCUACACAUACAGUGGUAUCGUGCUGAUAGCCACGAACCCCUUCGCACGUGUCGACUCCCUCUACGUGCCGCAGAUGGUGCAGGUUUAUGCUGGCAAGCAAAGAGCAUCGCAGGCGCCCCAUCUGUUCGCCAUCGCCGAAGAGGCUUACACCGACAUGUUACGGGACAAUCGAAACCAGACCGUCGUGGUCUCUGGCGAGUCCGGUGCGGGAAAAACGGUCAGCGCAAAGUACAUUAUGCGGUACUUUGCAACCCGUGGCGCCCCGGGGCAAGUCAGCAAGGGCACCAAAUCACGGGCAGAUGCCAUCAGCGAGACCGAAGAACAAAUCCUCGCCACGAAUCCUGUAAUGGAAGCCUUCGGUAAUGCCAAAACCACGAGGAAUGACAACUCUUCACGAUUCGGAAAGUACAUUGAGAUCAUGUUUGACAAGAACACCGACAUCAUUGGUGCCAGGAUCAGGACUUAUCUUCUUGAACGGUCACGUCUUGUUUUCCAACCGCUCAAGGAGAGAAACUACCACAUCUUCUACCAGUUGGUCGCUGGAUCGACUCCCGAAGAGAAGCAGGAGCUAGGUCUCGUUUCUGUCGAAGAGUUUGACUAUCUGAAUCAAGGCAAUGAGCCUCUGAUUGAUGGUGUCGAUGAUGCGGCCGAAUUUGCAGCCACGAGGAAGUCAUUGUCCACCAUCAACGUGUCCGGAGCGACCCAAAAAGAAAUCUUCCGUGUUCUUGCUGCUCUGCUGCAUAUCGGUAACAUCAAGAUCACGGCGACACGAUCAGAUUCUUCACUGUCCUCCUCCGAGCCGGCUUUGGCACAAGCUUGCAGCAUCCUCGGAAUUGAUGCUGGGGAUUUCGCCAAAUGGACCGUGAAAAAGCAACUCAUUACGAGAGGAGAAAAGAUCACGUCGAACCUCACUCAACAGCAAGCUACAGUGGUUCGAGAUUCAGUGGCCAAAUUCAUCUACUCAAGCCUGUUCGACUGGUUGGUAGACACCAUUAACCAUGGGUUGGCAACGGACGAAGUUUUGCAGCGAGUGAGCACUUUUAUCGGCGUGCUCGAUAUCUACGGAUUCGAGCAUUUCGCCAAAAAUUCCUUUGAACAGUUCUGCAUUAAUUACGCCAACGAGAAAUUACAGCAAGAAUUUAACCAGCAUGUCUUCAAGCUGGAGCAGGAAGAGUACAUGCGAGAACAGAUUGACUGGACGUUCAUCGACUUCUCGGAUAACCAGCCCUGCAUCGAUCUCAUCGAAGGCAAACUUGGAAUCUUGUCACUUUUGGAUGAAGAAUCGAGACUUCCCAUGGGCUCGGACGACCAGUUUGUCACCAAAUUGCACCACCACUUCGCUGCCGACAAGCAGAAAUUCUACAAGAAGCCUCGAUUUGGGAAAUCGUCCUUUACAGUUUGCCACUACGCCCUGGAUGUCACGUACGAAUCAGAUGGCUUCAUCGACAAGAAUCGAGACACUGUUCCAGAUGAACAGAUGGAAGUGCUUAAGAAGUCUUCAAACGCCUUCUUGGUUGAGGUUUUGGACGUGGCUGCCGCAGUUCGGGAUAAAGACAGUGCUCAAACAAGCUCGAAAACUGUCGCCACUGGCGGUGGCCGCCGGAUGGGUGUUGCUGUUAACCGCAAGCCCACGCUCGGAGGUAUCUUCAAGAGCUCGCUCAUUGAGCUCAUGCAGACCAUCAAUUCGACCGACGCUCACUACAUUCGUUGUAUCAAGCCGAACGAAGCCAAGGAGUCUUGGAAAUUUGAGGGUCCCAUGGUGUUGUCGCAGCUCCGAGCUUGUGGUGUGUUGGAGACCGUUCGCAUCAGUACUGCCGGUUAUCCUACCAGAUGGACAUACGAAGAGUUCGCCUUGCGAUAUUACAUGCUUUGCAGGUCUUCUGAAUGGACGACCGAGAUCCGCCAGAUGGCUCAGAAUAUUCUAGUCAAGGCGCUGGGAGCCAAAGCCCAUGAAAGAGGAGAAAAAUACCAGCUCGGUCUUACCAAGAUCUUCUUCCGUGCGGGCAUGUUGGCGUUCUUGGAAAAUCUCCGUUCAGCUCGACUCAAGGAAUGUGCUAUCAUGAUUCAGAAGAAUUUGCGUGCAAAGUACUACCGCCACAAGUACCUCGAUGCACGGCAAUCUAUCCUCGACUUCCAGGCUGCCACCAGGGCCUUCCUCGCCCGACGCAGAGCAGAAGAAACCAGACAGACUAAAGCAGCCACUGAUCUUCAACGUAUCUGGCGUGGUCACAAAGCACGCAAGAAUUUCAAUCAAAUACGAAGUGACCUGGUCUUGUUUGAGUCGGUGGCAAAAGGUUACCUUUGCAGAAGGAACAUUCUCGAGAAGCGCAUCGGCGAUGCUGCAAUCAAAAUCCAAAGAGCUUUCCGAUCGUGGCGGUCAUUACGCGCCUGGAGACAGCACCGCAGAAAAGUUGUCAUUGUACAGAAUCUGUGGCGUGGUAAGACUGCGAGGCGCGAUUACAAGAAGAUGCGUGAGGAAGCGCGAGAUCUCAAACAAAUUUCAUACAAGCUCGAGAACAAAGUUGUGGAGCUUACUCAAUCCCUUGGUGCGAUCAAACGAGAAAACAAAUCAUUGGUCUCACAAUUGGAGAAUUACGAAGGUCAAUUGAAGUCCUGGAGAUCACGACACAAUGCGUUGGAAACCCGAUCCCGAGAGUUACAGACCGAGGCCAAUCAAGCCGGCAUUAUUGCUGCGCGCUUGAGCGCCCUUGAGGAGGAGCACGCGAAACUGCAGGCCAGUCAUGAUGAACAGAUGGGCAACGCAAAGAGAUUACAAGACGAAGACCGUAAACUUCGAGAGUCACUGCAGUCGUCGAAUGCUGAACUGGAGAAACUACGACAAGCCGUCUCGACGCACGACGGUGAGAGAGGCACUCUGCGCCAGCAAAUCAACGAACUUCAAGAUCAGCUUGAGAUUGCAAGAAGGGCUCCACCACCACCAGUUGCCACCAACGGUGUGAAUGGUGAAUAUGCCAAUGGAGUUCAACCUGCGAAUGGUCUAAUCAACCUCGUUUCUUCCAAGAAGCCUUUGAAGAGACGAAGUGCUGGUGCCGCCGAACGUGUCGAGACCGAUCGUUACAGUGGUGCCUUCAGUGCCCGUCCUGUCUCGAUGGCCUUGGACACUCAUGCGAAGACGUUGUCUGGUUCGACGUUCCAUCCUGGUCUCGACAGUGUUGAGAUGGAACUUGAGAAUCUGCUUGCUCAAGAAGAGGAACUUAAUGACGAAGUCACCAUGGGUCUCAUCCGUGGCAUCAAGAUUCCUCAGCCAGGGGCCAAUCCCCCCCCUACAGAUAAGGAGGUGUUGUUCCCAUCUUACCUCAUCAACUUGGUCACCUCUGAGAUGUGGAAUAAUGGAUUCGUCAAAGAAUCUGAGCGCUUCCUUGCCAAUGUGAUGCAAUCUAUCCAGCAGGAAGUCAUGCAACACGACGGGGAUGAGGCCAUCAACCCUGGCGCGUUCUGGCUGUCCAACGUCCAUGAAAUGCUUUCGUUUGUCUUCCUGGCCGAAGAUUGGUACGAAGCCCAGAAGACCGACAAUUACGAAUAUGACCGGUUACUUGAGAUUGUUAAGCAUGAUUUGGAAAGUUUGGAAUUCAACAUCUAUCAUACUUGGAUGAAGGUGUUGAAGAAGAAGUUACACAAGAUGAUCGUACCAGCCAUUAUCGAAUCACAAUCCCUUCCUGGUUUCGUCACGAACGAGAGCAAUCGUUUCCUCGGCAAGCUGCUCCCAUCCAACAACACGCCAGCAUACAGUAUGGACAACUUGUUGAGCUUGUUGAACAACGUCUUCAAAGCGAUGAAGGCAUACUACCUCGAAGACUCCAUCAUCACGCAGACAGUUACCGAACUUCUUCGACUGGUUGGGGUCACGGCGUUCAAUGACCUUUUGAUGCGUAGGAAUUUCUUGUCAUGGAAGCGUGGCCUCCAGAUCAAUUACAACAUUACCCGAAUCGAAGAAUGGUGCAAGAGCCACGAUAUGCCCGAAGGAACCUUGCAACUCGAGCAUCUCAUGCAGGCCACCAAGCUUCUGCAGCUGAAGAAGGCCACCUUGAACGACAUUGAGAUCAUUCAAGACAUUUGCUGGAUGCUUUCCCCCAACCAGAUCCAGAAACUCCUGAACCAAUACCUUGUUGCUGAUUAUGAACAACCCAUCAACGGUGAAAUCAUGAAGGCGGUGGCUUCGAGGGUCACAGAGAAGAGUGACGUUCUCCUCUUGGCUCCCGUCGACAUGGAAGAUAGUGGACCAUAUGAGAUUGCCGAACCGAGAGUCAUUACCGCCUUGGAGACUUAUACUCCUUCAUGGCUACAAACACCUCGACUGAAACGACUGGCAGAGAUCGUGUCGGCCCAAGCCAUGGCUCAACAAGAAGGAGCCGUAGGGGUUGAUGGGGUCAUUGAUGAUGUCGAAGCCGCUUGAUUCUGUUGGUUGCUUCGAUUCACUUCGGCCCAAGGGGAGGGGGGCUCAUCAAUUUUUGGUUCUUUUUUUUCCCAAAGAGAGAAACGUCAUACACAUAGCAUGAUGAUGUCUUUUUGAGUUAUUUCACCUAGGUACAAUGUUUUAAAACAGCCAUGCGGGAUAGACAAUACCUCGUACAUGUGUGUGUGUCUCUGUGUGUUGAAUUAUUCCACGAAAUAGAUUCGAGGUGUGGAGAGAGAGAGAGAGGAAAUUUAUGAAAUCAAUUCUAAUUCUACACAGACGAAGACAAAGACAAAGACAAAGACGCUUCAAGAGUUAGUACAAGAGCAGUGUUUGUUACACCUGUGUAUUGAUUUGAUUGAUAGCCUGACAGGUACACCCGAGAACCCC